AUGCCCAAAUACGCCAAAGACCAGCCCAUCGGCUUCAAAAACACCAUCGAAAGAGUAGCCAUUGUCGGCGCUGGAGGCACCGUUGGAUCGCACAUUACGAACACCCUUCUAAAGACCGGAAGACACACAGUCACGGCCCUUUCCCGCAAAGACAGUGGUAACAAACUCCCCGAAGGCGUCCUAGUCGCCCCAGUCGACUACGAUGACGAGGCCACCCUUGUAGCCGCCCUCAAGGACCAGCAAUUCUUGAUCAUAACCAUGGCCCCCACCGCGCCCCGCGACACCCAUAGCAAGCUCGUCCAGGCGGCCGCCAAGGCCGGUAUUCCGUACGUCAUGCCUAACGGGUAUGGCGGCGACAUUGAGGACAUUAAACUCGGCGAGGAAACGCUGCUGGGGCCCGUAGCCAAGGCUAACAGGGACGAGAUUGAGAGGCUCGGUAUGCAGUGGAUCACAGUGUGCUGUGGGUUCUGGUACGAUUACAGCUUGGCGGGUGGGGAGGCGCGUUUCGGGUUCGACUUUGACAAGCGUUCCCUGACAAUCUACGACGAUGGUAAUACCAAGAACUCGACGUCGACGUUAUCGCAGGUUGGGCGUGCCGUGGCUAAGGUACUGAGCCUUAAGGAACUGCCAGAGGAUGAAAAUGAUAAGAGUCUUACUUUGUCGACGUUCCUUAACAAGGGCGUGUACGUUAAGAGCUUCGUGGUCAGCCAGAACGAUAUGUUUGAGAGCGUCAAACGUGUCACCGGUACUACUGACGCUGACUGGACGAUCACUCAUGAGGACACCAAGAAGCGAUAUGAGGAUGGCCUGGCGCUAAUGAAGUUGGGUAAUAUGGCUGGCUUUGGUAAGAUGCUGUAUGCAAGGGCGUUCUAUCCGGAUCAUCCCAACGAUCUCUCGAAGAAGGCUCAAAAUGACCUGCUUGGGUUACCGGAUGAAAGCCUGGAUGAAGCUACUAAGGUGGGGAUAAAUAUGGUCAAGGAGCUGCAGCUUCGUGAUGAGCGUAUGGCGUCCUAG